AUGACCUUUGAGAAGCCCAAGCAACGGCCUCAGUGGUUACCUCUAGCUGAAUGGUGGUACAAUACUACCUACCAUACUGUGACUCAUCUCACUCCUUACGAAGUGGUUUAUGGACAAAAACCACCUCCCUUAUUGCCAUACAUGCCUUUUGAUUCAGCACUUGAGACCGUGGACAGAAGUUUGCAAGACAGAGAGGCUACUUUAAGGGCUUUGAAGUCUCAUCUGGAGAUAGCUCAAGGUAGAAUGAAGGUCCAAGUUGACAGGAGAAGAACUGAUAGGACUUAUGCAGUAUGUGAUCAGGUUUACGUCAAGUUGCAACCUUAUCAACAAAUAUCUCUUAAGGACCAUUCUUUUCAAAAGUUGUCUGAAAAUUUUUAUGGUCCUUUCAGCAUUAUUGCCAAGGUGGGACUUAUUGUAUAUACUUUAGCUCUACCCCCUCACCAAAAUAUCCAUCCCACCUUCCACAUCUCUCAACUUAAGAAGAGAAUUGGUGAUUAUGUAGCUGCUGUUCAAUUGCUGGUGGUUCAUACUAAGUCUGGUUAUGUGAUUCUGGCUACUAAGACUAUUUUAGAGAGGCGAAUGGCCCCAAAACGGGGUACUGCAGUGACUCAAGUAUUGGUGAAAUGGUUUAACGCGCCUGUGGAGGAUAGCACAUGGGAGGAUCUCUAA